AUGUCUUUCACGAAUGAGUCACGGGGAGACAAAUCCCCGGUUGACAAUAAAUUGCUACAGCCCCUUGAACCGGUGUCGACUUAUGGAACCGUGGUUGAGAAUGGCACCAUCGAGGAGCUCGGCUAUGUGGCCGUCUACCGACGAGUCUUUCGUUCUCUAGGGAAUAUGUGCAUGGUGGUCGCUCUGACGACUCCAUUGAGUGCGAUCUUAGUCACCGCAUUUUAUCAAAUAUCAUAUGGUGGCUACUGGGGACUUUCCUGGGGCUGGAUUAUCCCCAAUGUCAUACUGAUUCCUGAAGUGCUUGCCAUCGCAGAGCUCGCCUCGUCCAUGCCGGUCAAUGGCUCCUUCUACUGGUGGGCUGGUGCACUUGCGCCGCCGGGGUGGUCGCACGCUAUCUCAUUCGUCACUGGGUGGCUGAACGUGUUCACCAUGUUCGCCUCGACAGCUAGUUUUGCCUACGCUGUGGCCUCAUCAUUAUCCUAUGCGGUGACCAUCGCUGCCCCUUCGAUGGCCUGGACCAACGCUCAGAUCAUGUGCCUUUCCCUCGCUGUGAUUGUCGUCUGGAGUGGUGUGAUGACCUUGAAAUUGGAGCGCAUUGCCUCUGUCAAUUCUGGUCUUAAUUCAGACUCUUGUCUUCAUAUUCGGCCUGCCAAUCAGCCACAAAGUCCAGAAUCGCCCAUUUGCGUCUGCAAGGACUGUCUUUGGAGAGUACACCAACUUCUCCGACUGGGGUCUCGGCGUGUCCGUUCCAUAUUCUUGGUUCUGUACUCUCUGGGUUAA